UGGUCUUGUAAUUGAGCGUAUCGUGUUUGACAAACCUAUUCAUGCAGCAACGAAAACGCUAAAAUUUUAAAAAAUUAUAAAACGCGAAUAUAAUAAUUAUUUUUUUCAUCGCCCAUCUGUACGAGGGACAAUGUACUCGGCGAACAUACGUACCGGCAUCGCACGCGCGUUUUGCGUGGAAUCACGCGCAGAGAUACGCAAUAAUGCGAAAUCGAUCGAGACAUGCCAGAAGGUUGUGAAUCGGAAUCCGCGAAAUUUAGAACGACUGAGAAUAGCGAGGAAACCCUCGGGAUAUAGUCUCGAGGAACCCGGGCGCACGUUUUGGCACAAAGUGUAUCUGACUAAGAAAUCUCGUUACAUUAUUGCGGAAGUCCGCCACUUUGAAAAUGGACCGGUCAUUACAGCCUCCAGCACAGAAUGGGCAUUAAAGAAGCAGUUAUAUCGGAGUGUCGAUUGUUCAGCUUAUAUUAAUGUGGGACGUGUAUUAGCUCAACGUUGUUUGGAGGCUGGGAUUUGUGAAAUGCAAGUUGACUCUAAACUAAAAGUUGGAGAAAAAUAUAAAUUAUUCAUUAAUGAAUUACAGAAGGCUAACAUUUAUCUGAAUGAACCACUAGUAUAUAAAUAUCCUAAUUCUUGGAGCAGAAAUCGACCAGAGAAGCCAUGGGAGAUCCAUGAAUAAUAUAUUAUCCUUUUUCACACAAUAAUGUAAAUAAAUAUAAGGAAUAGUGUUUACUACACAAGUGGUGCAGUAUAUCCUUAACAGUGCUUCUUGUGAGAGGUAUAAUAAAAUUAAACUUGA